UUGUUGCAUUCGUCAAGCAGUAUCAGACAUUCGAAAUACUUCUUCCACCGUUGUAAUAUAUAAGUGAGGAUCGUGCAGAAUAGUCAUCAAGUGAUAAUUGGCUUUAAGUAAAUUGGAGUAAAACGGAGUUUAAACAUAUCUUCGAGUGUGUACACAUCACGCCAGAUUUAGAAUAAAUAGCUGACAGCACACAAGAUUACUAACCAUGAUAACACAGUUAUUGUUUUUAAUUCCUUUAUUCUUUAUUGCUCAUGGGGAGCAAUCUCACGGCAAAUCAAUUACAUUACCACGUGUAACGCCAAAGAUUGUAGGUGGAAAUGUAGCCAUUUUAGGUGAAAUCCCAUACCAGGUUUCUCUUCAAAUAAUUAAAACAGAGUAUCACUUCUGCGGUGGGUCUAUAAUUAACCGGCUAUACGUACUGACCGCUGCACAUUGUAUGGAGGGUUUGAACAGUAAAGACAUUUCGGUCAAUGUGGGAGUUAUAGAUCUACGAAAACCACAUGCGGUGUAUCUGAUCGAGUCCUCUUAUGUGCACAAAGGAUACAAUCCCAGAAAUUCAUUUGUCCACGAUAUCGCAUUAAUUAAGGUCAAAACUCCAUUUGUAUUUUCUUCUCUGGUGCGUCCCGUCACAUUACCGGAACAAAAUCAAAUUAUUCAUGCCGGCUCGUAUGCGAUUGUUUCGGGAUUCGGUAGACUAUCGUCUGGAGGAAGAAGAUCCAAUCUUUUAUACACCGCAAAUCUUUUAAUAACCAAUCAGUCUUACUGCAAAAAAGUGUACGAGCCAUUAAAAUUAUAUGUUCACGAUACACAAAUCUGUGCAAAUGAGCCAAGUGCAGUUAAGGGUUCAUGUCAGGGAGAUUCCGGCGGCCCUCUCACUGUCAAUGGAACACUCACAGGAAUCGUCUCAUGGGCGAGAGGCUGCGGUGAUCCAAACUAUCCUACCGUGUAUACACGCGUCCCGUCAUACAUCGAUUGGAUCAAUGAGCACAUAAAAUAAUUUAAAGCAGAAAUGCGUUAAUAAGGCUAUCGCACGUAAUGAGCUACAUGAUUAUGUACAAAAUGCAUAUGACGUAUAUUUAAUGAUUUAUUACAUUUAUGUUUGAACGUUUAACUAUACAUAUCGAUUUCACUUGUGUAUCAUUAAGUAUCAAAAUGGAUUUGUGUACACUUCCGUAAUGAAUGGCAAUGCGUUAAUAAAAGUUAUCAUUUAUUAAUA